AUGGAAAAUAUAAUUGAAUAUGUAAAAGGUUUAGGUGUUGGAUGUAGACAUCCUCACGAUCCAUUUUUAAAAGAAGCUAAUGACAUAUGUCAACCUCUCAAAACAUUCGGAAUAUCAGAUUUUGGUGAAGAAGAAUUUUAUCAUAAAAAUUACCAACCAUUUUCUUGUCAUUUACCUGGUUGCAAAAGUGUUUUCGAAACAGUUAUGCAAUAUGAAGCCCACUACAAUUCUCGUCAUUGUUUUACAUGUUCAGAGUGUAAAAGAAAUUUUCCAAAUAAUCAUUUAUUAGAUCUUCAUUUAUCCGAAAUGCAUGAUUCUUUUUUCAGUGAACUUGCAAAGAAAAAACCAAUGUUUCAGUGUUUUGUACCUGAAUGUUCAGAACGUUUUAUGUUACCUGAAAAAAGAUUUAAUCACUGCAUUGAAAUCCAUAAAUUUCCCAGUGAUUAUCGAUUUAACACAUACAAGAAAAAAAAACAAAAAAAUAAAAAAACCAAAAAAAAUGAUAAAAAACCUGUUAAAGAUGAAAAUUCAAUGGAUGUGAGCGAAGAAGAAAAAAAUACAAAAUCGACAAAACAAAAACAGACAGAGCAAAGUUUUAAAGGUUUCACAUUUGGUUAUUCUCAAAGGAAAAGAAAACCGGUUUUUUAUAAUUUUUCAAAAGAUUUACUUAAAACUUUACCGGAAACUUAA